GAAUUUUCACCUUACUGAUGACGAACUUUCCUACCACUUUCUUCCUCUCUCUCUGUACCCGCUAACUACUACUCCCCCUUACUACCAUUCCACAUAGCGCCUACUACACGCACACGCUAAUUAUUAAUAUCACCACAUAACAUCACUCGUUUAGAACACGCUAUUUUUUCCCUUUCAAGAACCAUCUCUUUAAAAUGUCCGACGUCGAAGAACAGUACCAAGAAGAACCAGUCGUCCAACAGGAAGCUGAAUUGCAAUUAGUUGAAUUGGCCACCCCAAUCCCAGCUGAUGUUCAGGCCGCUCAGCAGGAAAUCAAGUUGUUCAACAAGUGGACCUUCCAGGACAUCUCUGUUAAGGACAUUGCUUUGACUGAUUACAUCCAGGUCUCCAAGCCAGUCUUUGUCUCUCACACUUCCGGUAGAUACGCUGCCAAGAAGUUCAGAAAGGCUCAGUGCCCAAUCAUUGAAAGAUUGACUAACUCCUUGAUGAUGAACGGUAGAAACAACGGUAAGAAGUUGAAGGCCGUCAGAAUCGUCAAGCACGCUAUGGAGAUCAUCCACAUCUUGACCGAUGCCAACCCAUUGCAGGUCAUCGUUGACGCUAUCGUCAACUGUGGCCCAAGAGAAGACUCUACCAGAAUUGGUUCUUCCGGUGCCGUCAGAAGACAGGCCGUCGAUGUCUCUCCAUUGAGAAGAGUCAACCAGGCUAUCUCUUUGUUGACCGUUGGUGCUAGAGAAGCCGCUUUCAGAAACAUCAAGACCAUCGCCGAAUGUUUGGCCGAAGAAUUGAUCAACGCUGCCAAGGGUUCCGCUACUUCUUAUGCCAUCAAGAAGAAGGAUGAACUUGAGAGAGUUGCCAAGUCUAACCGUUAAGAACUUUAUGUCACGUUGUCAGCGUGGUUUACACGUGGCUUUGUAUAUUUGGGGUUUUUAAUGUUUAGUUAAACGUGUACAAUUUGUAUCAACCUUUUUACCACUGUGGGUUGUAGAUACGCCAGUGAUGUCGGACCUGGGCCCCAAAAUAUGUAGUGGCAAAACGGCUGAAAUGUCGAAAAAACUGGCAUGGUAUUUGUAAAAAAUAGAUAGAAAUAAUGGUCCCUA